CAGGAAGCACAACUUCGACAGACACCUCACACAAGUUUCCUGCCAUUGCUGUAAUGGUCGUGGACCAAUCCAAUCCACAUGCACCUGUCAAAGUCAUCUUCGAGAAUCCUAUUCACGAAAGCGUUGCCCCGCUCAAACCUCGCCACACGAUACUCCUCGUUACAAAUCCGCGGGUUGUCGGCGGGCAAAUGCUCGCAACCUCGUAUAGCUCGAGAAUAUUCCUUGAUCCCGAAAUCAGUGUCGCGGGAGAGCUGAGGAGAUUUCUUAGACAGAUGGCUCCGCCAUGCAAUAUGACAAUGCAAGAGAAUGCCGAUUUGGAAGAAGAAUACGGCCUCGAUGACCGAGUAUCAAGGCCACAACAUCUGACCACUCUUCAGGAGUUUCGGUCGACCAUACUCAGGGACCCAGGUACACCAUAUCAAGUCGUCGUCCGCGUGACCAUCACCUCGAUCUGUCUCGCAUCUCUGUUCAAGCAAGAACGUCUCUUUUGCAUGACUUGUCCGUCGUGCUCUAGAGACCGAUAUUGCAAUCAGGCCAUGGAUUGGUGUGACUGCGACGUCGAUGCAAGGUCCAUAGACAUGCGGCUGAAUCCUCAUGUCCUCGGCGGCUUCAGUGAUGAGACGGCCGGUUUCCUGCAGUAUUCUCCGGGCUGGGGCGACGAGGGGUCCGCUACUCGGGACGGUCGUACACCUCAAAAGCAGCAUCUAGUGCCGAGAGAUGCCGGAACUUUUCCAAUCUUCCUGACUGACAGAGCUCUUUCGUCCCUCCUUGGUGUGAGGCCUCUAGAGAUUGAAACAUUGGCUAUCCUCGAAACGGAACAAGAGUGCCUGGCGACCUUCGACGCAGUUGAGAAGGACCUCAUAGGGUCACCGGUCAUUCUCCUGCUUGGCUGGACUGGGUCUGAUCUCGCUCAGCCUAGCGAAGUCCAUCGUUUGGACAGCUCGACUCCGGAAGACCAACAUGACUUGAGGAAUGGGCGACUGACAAUCCUCGACGCUGCGGCGGAUAUCGUCAUCAUGGUUCCGGAUCAACGUACAUGAGUGAGGUCGCAAGGCUAUUAUUCACGAGUACAGUCGAAUCGAGACAAACAAAACAUCCCCCUUCCUUGACGACUGUUGAGGUUUUACUAUGGGUUCAGUACACCUCCCUGUACACCUGGUAGGAGAGUGGACAAGUGUGAAACAAAAAGGUGGGAAAAAGGGCAUCAUGUAUAUGAAGCUGCCGAGCAAGACUAACAAUGUCGUCAUGUUCGAUUACUG